CUGAUAUUUUGUUUAUAAUGCUAGAUCUGCGCGAUUCCGUUUGCAUGAUAUGAAUGUCCUUGCUGUCAACAUCUGUUCAAGCACACUGCAAUAUUUUCGUUUAUCAAUUAUUACACAGUAGUUAUUUUCCUGACGUGAACAAGUAUUACUAUGUGAUUUGGGCAAGUAUUUUUUGAUGAGAUGAUUUAUGCUUGAGCAUGACAUGGCAACGUGUUUAUUUUUCUUUGAUUGUUGUAUUGUAGAUGGAUAAGAGGACCAAGGUUUUAAUUUUUGCUGCUUCUGCCAAUCUAUUGUUGUCAAUGAUGGCCAUGAUUAUUCAUUCUAGGAAAAGAAAGAUAGUUUCUAGGAGGGAAGGUGUUAAAUAUGACCCAAUGGUUGAAAGGGAUAGGAUGAGAAUUGAGUAUCUAAACACAAAAAUUUGGAGGAACGAUAACAUGCUUAGACUUAGAAAAGAUUCUUUCUUUCGGUUUUGUAAGCUCUUUAGAAAUCGUGGUUUGCUUGAAGAUACCAUCCACAUGUCUAUUGAGGAACAAGUAACUAUGUUUCUAAAUACAGCAGGGCACAAUCUUAGAAAUAGAUAAGUUGGCACUAAUUUUGAUAGGUCCGGAGAAACAGUUAGUUGUUAUUUCAACAAGUGCUUCAUACUGUUGGUGAGCUGCGAGAUGAACUAAUCAGGCCUCCCUCAUUGGACACCCCAAGUAAAAUUGCCGGGAACCCUAGGUGGGAUCCUUACUUUAAGGAUUGUAUGGAGCUAUUGAUGGCACACAUAUUAGAGCCUCUGUUCAGAAGAAUAUCGAGCCCUCUUUUCGUGUGCUAGCCAAUAAGAAAAUUUUCUGCCGCAUCCAUGAUACUUAGAGACUCCACUGCUUCAUUGACCAAGAAAAUAUAGAAGAUCAAAGGUGUCUUGUAGAACUUAGGUGUUAAAAGGAAUAGAGUAAUCUAGGGAGGAAUAAAGCAUGGGAAAAGGAGAGGUAGCCACUAGGUCCAAAUCUCAAAAAUCAUCGGCGACACAGAAUGAACAGAGUACACCCACUAAUCCUCCUACUGCAUAUCCGGACUGGUCUCAAUUUCAGGCAUACUAUAAUCCUGCUGGGACAGCUCCAAUGACCCCACCGGGCUUUUUCCAUCCAAAUGUGGCUCCAAGUCCUCAGGGGCACCCAUAUAUGUGGGGUCCACAGAUGAUGCCUCCCUAUGGAACACCGCCGCCAUAUGCGGCGAUGUAUGCGCAAGGGACACCAUAUCAGCAGGCACCUAUGCUACCGGGUUCACACCCAUACAAUCCUUAUCCCGGGCAAUCACCAAAUGGGACAGUUCAAACUCCUACAUCUGCUGGCGGAACAGAGACAGAUAAGUCAGGCAAAAGUAAGCGGAAGACUCCCCUGAAGAGAUCGAAAGGAAGCUUAGGUAAUCUUGAUGUAGUUGCAACAAAAAAUAAAAAGGCGCCCGCAAAACCUUCAGCAUCCUCAUCCAAUGAAGGUUCUUCACACAGUGAGAGCGGAAGUGGAAGUUCUUCUGAAGGAAGCAGUACAAAUUCAAAAAGUGGUUCAAGGACAAAGGAUGGUUCUGAGCAUGGCCAGGGUAAUGAUGCUAGCAACAAAGGAGCUACUGCUCAGAGUUCUGCGGUUGAGCCCGUACAAGCAUCUACUGGGCCAGUUGUGCUUAACCCUAUGAUGCCAUACUGGCCUGUCCCUCCUCCCAUGGCUGGCCCAGCAACUGGUGUAAACAUGGGAAUGGAUUACUGGGGUACUCCUACUUCAGUACCCAUGCAUAAUAAAGUUAUUGCAGCACCAGCAUCAGCUCCUUCAUCAAACUCUCGUGAUGUUGUUCUCAGUGAUCCAGCCAUACAGGAUGAGCGAGAACUGAAGAGACAAAAGCGGAAGCAAUCAAAUAGGGAAUCAGCUCGACGUUCAAGAUUACGCAAGCAGGCUGAAUGGGAGGAAGUAGCCAAUCGAGCUGAUUUGCUAAAGCAGGAAAACAGCUCACUUAAGGAAGAAUUGAAACAACUUCAGGAGAAGUGCAAUAGCUUGACCUCAGAAAAUACAACUUUACAUGAAAAGCUUAAAGAGCUUGAAGGCGAGAAAUCAAAUGGAAACUGGUAUAAAGAGUGAAAAGCUGUAACUUAUCACUUUCUGACUUCUGAUAUAAAUUGGAGGCGACAUGGUAGGUCCGAUAAUUAGGAGGUAUUCAUGUAUGCUAUUAGAUUUUUGGCCGAGAGGUAGAAUUGUAUCAUAGGAUUUGACAUGAUGGCUACAGAUUCUUCUUCCAGUUGCCGCGGCUGCUGUACUCUAUGCUUUUUUUUUUCUGCACUUGUGUAAGAUUCUACGAAGUACCAUGUAAAAGUCCCCAAGUGAUGUUUGAAACUCUGGGGGUUAGCUUCUGAGAUAGUUGAUGUAGAGCUGCUCAUUGAGCGUCUUUACCUGAAUUGAUGUGUGUCACAGUUAUAGUUUGUGACUUAUCAUUCAGAUAAUUAGAGGCACAAAUUUGUAUAAUGUACUAACGGGUCGUGAUAAGGAAAUUUUGUUGCAUUUUGCUA